AUGGCAACUCAACAUAUUUUAGCCUCAGCUGCUCAAAACGCGCAUCUACUUUCCAUACUUUCACGAACGGAUCAUGCACCGUCUGAAUAUAUUCAAAUCACACAAUACCAAUCAUCUAUCGAGAGUAUCAUCACCCAGCAAGAGCAACGAGUAAAAACUUUGGUUGCAGCAAGUGCAAAGGAACACCAAGACUACGACGAAUAUCAAGGUUCCACUGUAAAACGUCUGGCGUACAAAUUACGUGGAAGAAAAGACAAAUUUAUCGAGGUGGGAGAACAAGAACACCGAGAAUGGUUGAAUGCAAUUCAGAAGGAGUUGGAAGCCAAGCGUCAUUUGAGUCAUCUCAACGAUACACUUCAAGAUGCUAAAUCCAAAGCUUCGUCGUUGAGACCUUUGGUAGAAGAACACAAUGCAGCACAGGCUGAAUUGGAUGCUCUUUACAAUUCUAUAUUUUCUGGUCCAUCACAUGAUUUCCCAACGGAAGAUACAAAGGAACAUAUCCUUUCUCGUGCCAAAAAUUCGUUUAACGAGGGACAAUUACUGCUAAGUACCGAAUCCAACGUUUUGUUGAUCUUGCAGAAAGCUUCCACCGUCAUGAACCAGUGCAUCGUGACUCUGGAUUAUGCGUUACAGUCAUCAAAUAUUAAUGCAUGGGGAGUCGAUGGAGGAUUCGAUUAUAUGAUGGAACGAUCUUCAUUUGCAAAAGCUCAUCAUCUUUCUUCUCAAGUAGAAGUGUUGGUUUCUCAAGCACGACAAAUGCAACCAGCCGUUCAACCUUUGGGUCCGAUGAACAUUGCACAAGGAAGCUUAAUGUCCGAUGUCAUUUUCGACAAAACUUUCUCUGACCUCAAAAUUCAAGAGAACAUCGAAAAGUCCAAGCGGCAGGUGGCCGCAGCAUGGUCACGAUUAUCUCAAGAGAUAAAGAAUAGCAAUGAACGUCUGGUUAACUUUCGUGAGGAGGUUAAAGAAAAGAAGAAAUUUCUGCAAGUGAAAAGGAAGGAGUUACAAGAUGAACGGGCGGCUUUAUUUGAGAAAGUGAUCGCGAGUGGCCAAAUCCCGGAAAGUUCUCAGCAACCACAAAGCAAUGUUCAAGUAGAACACAGUGAGUCUCCGGAGCAAGGUCCUCCACUGCAGUGGGACAGUCAGCAACAUAUACAUUAUUCGUUGUUUGGAGGAGGCUACCAAGAACAGCCCAAUGAACCGGAACUGUACCGCAUCCCGCCAGCAGGGACCUAUGGUUUUCAGAAUUCAGAUUCAAACCAUCCUCAAACGGAAUUAUCGAUGCCAGUUCCCAUAUGGUAUUCAUCAUAA